CAGCAUAGAUAUGUUUGUAACAGAGUAAGCUUUUAGGACAGAGCUUUUUGGGACUCAAUCGCUCUAUCCAUAGAGUAAAAAGCACAAGUUCGAUCCCCGCUCUAUUCUUACAUUUCGUUCGGUCCGUCAGUCGAUAUUAUUAGUUUCCAGUAAACAGUUGUGAAGAGUUAAUUGAAACAGUUAGUUCUAUCAAAUAACCAUCCAAUUGUUUGAGUUAAUUCAAGUUAAGUGUUAAACUUGAGUUAUAAAUCUUUUAUAUUUAACGUAAGGUUAUAAUUUUACUUAUUUUGAAUGAAUGUUGUAAACUUGUGAUAAAAGUGCGAGUGCGGGAGAGCCAUAUUGAUUGAUUAUUUUGUUAGGCUGGCUUUGAUACAUAAAUAUGGAGUUAUCUGCGAAUAGAAAAGAUUUAUUUAUAAUUCUGUUUAUUGUGUUAAGUGGUGCGACCACAGUUUAUACCAUUGAUUGUUUCAAAUGUGUGUCCAUGAACGGAAAGUUUUCGGCUUGCGAUGACCCUUUCCACAACAACCAUUCCCUUCAAAUGUUGGAGUCACCCUGCAUGGGAGGCAGGAAGGGACGUGAUGGCUUGUUCCCAGCAACAUCCUGUAUCAAGAUAGCUGGUGUUUUUGAUGACACCGGAGAAACCAUCACCGUUCGUGGCUGUGGUCUGGACUCGGGUACUGCUACCACAGACACAGAAAUUAUAAGAAUGUCGCACUGCGGACGAUUCUAUUACGAUGACAGAUACGUCCACGGCUGCCUGCAAAGCUGCAACGACGCUGACGCCUGCAACCGCUCCUACACAGACCAGUACAAUAUAAGCACGGUUAUAUUCACUGCGAUAACUGCCCUCGCCUACAAAAUGUGGACGAGCUAACAUAAAUAACAAAAUUAUUAUUAUAAUAACCGUCGGGAGGCAAAUUUGUAACUAUUUCUUUGAUAACGGUUUACUCACGCGUAUUUAUUAUAUAAAUCGAUUUUUUUAUUGUGUUACAUGGUUUUGAUGUUGUUAUGAACUAACAGUGUCACACAAAAUAAAUAAUUGAUUAAAAAAUAUCUAAAAACCCACGUAAAAUU